UUUUUUUUAAAACUAGUAGAUACACGGAAGCAUUUAGAAGCCCAAACAAAAAACACUGGUAACUCGUAUUGCAGAAGGACAAAGAGGCGGAACCCAAUUGAGCAAACGGGAACUGGAAGGCGCACGCCAAGACCGAUCGAAGGUCGAAGACGAGUCGCCUCAUCUUCGCUGCCGCCGUCAACCCGCAUCACCGCGACGCCGUCCAGGUCACUCCAGAAUUAUUCACUCUUCACUUCUUCAGACAUUUUCCACAAAGACGCAGAAAUGGUGAUUCCUCCUCCAAUUAGACCGGAACGAGUUUCAAAGUUCCUGAAACCGUAUGUACUGAGGAUGCACUUCACCAACAAAUACGUGAAUGCGCAAGUGGUUCACACCCCCACCGCAACAGUUGCAGCAUCUGCAAGCACACAGGAGAAGAGUCUGAGGCUGGCAAUGACAGCGGCAAAAGAGAACACCAGAGACGUUUCUGCUGCUUCAAAAAUAGGGAAGCUGCUCGGCGAGCGUUUGCGCAUCAAAGGCAUUCCUGCAGUUUCUGUUUUCUACAAGAGGGACCAGAGGUAUCAUGGAAAAGUCAAAGCUGUGAUUGACUCCAUCAAGGAUGAAGGAAUCAAAUUGCUUUGAGUAAGUCAUCCCUAGUUUAGCCUCAUGUUGUGUGUCCUUUGAAGACUCUCUUAAAAUAAGACAAAGGGUUAUUUAAGUCAAAAAGCACAUUGUAGAAAUGUAAUUUUUGUUCAGUGUGUUCCGCGGCUUUCAAAAUGUAUUUUUCCCUUUUACUUGACAGGAAGCGUUUGGACCUCGGAAAUUGGUAGGGAAACAAAACAGAGGAAAAUAUAUGGGAAAUUUGGAAGGAAAACUAUUUUUGAUAUAUGCUCAAGCACGUUUCAUUAUCUAUUCGUAUCAUACAAAAACUGAGAAAGAUGAACAUUUUUUAAGUACUCAAAACAUUAAAUCAUACUCUGAUGAGUACUCAAUAAAUGUAAAGCUUAGAAUUGUAUGUAUCUGCUUUUAUGAUUGGUUCUUCCUCUUUGUCAAAUAUAUAUACUUUGUUGGGCGGUGCUCCUUGGACCACACGGCAAGAAGGAGAGCAAAUCCCAUUCUAAGUGGGAUUGCUCUUGAUUUGUUUCCUUGUUCAUAUUUAGUGAUUUGUUUCCUUGUAGGAAUAGAAUUCCUUUUGUGUUUUGGUCUUUAUCCUCUCCUAUAAAUAAAGGAGAAACUCCUUGUACUUAGCAGAACAAUUCAAUAUACAGAAUAUUUUCCC